AUGGAGGAAAUAGCGCGACUACAAGCGUCUCGAAGAGGGCAUAAAUCUCAUCUAUCGAAAGUGUUAAAUAAAGAGAACGAAAUCCUCAAAGUAGAGCCUUCGAAAGUAGACGAAAUAGCGCUGACGACACUGGAGCAACUAACAAGGAAAAAGCAAUUAGUACGAGAACUAGACGAAAAGAUUGCAGCAAAAAUCACCGAUCCAAAGCAACUAGAAACAGCUAAGCUGCGAUUUGGAAGAAAAACUGAAUCACAUACGUAA